GUCCCAGUUCGGUACGUGGCAGGGGGAAAAUUCAGUGAGCUUCUCGAAAUUUCAGAUCGGGGAAUUUGUAUCCUAGGUACUACUGCAUGCACAGAAUUCACAAGAAACAUUUGUUGCAGAGCCCAGGUUUUGUAUGAUACAGCCAAAAAAUGCAGUCGUGUUCCGCCAUCUUGGUUUUCGUCCUGUGUUGUCUUUGUCAGACGACUGAUGCUGAGGUGUUCACCUCCAUCGGGCAAAUGACAGACCUGAUCUUCACAGAGAGGGAGUUGGUCCAGUCCUUGAAAGAGUACAUCAAAGCGGAGGAGUCCAAACUUGCAGCUGUCAAAAGUUGGGCGAGUAAACUGGAUGCCCUGACGCGAGCCUCCACAUCCGACCCUGAGGGCUUUCUGUCUCACCCUGUGAAUGCCUACAAGCUAAUGAAGAGACUGAACACAGAGUGGUCUGCACUGGAGAGCCUAGUGCUUGAGGACCCCUCUGAUGGCUUCAUCUCCAAUAUUUCGGUGCACAGACAGUACUUCCCUGAUGAGGAGGACGAGAAGGGCGCGGCCAAAGCUCUGAUGCGUCUGCAGGACACGUACAAACUGGACUCGGAGAGUUUCUCCAAAGGCAAACUGCCUGGUGGGCGGUACAACACUCACCUGACGGUGGACGACUGCUACGACAUGGGCAAGACGGCGUACAACGAGGUGGACUACUACCACGCCGUGCUGUGGAUGCAGCAGGCCCUCAGGCAGGUGGACGCUGGCGAGGAGGCCGACGUGCCCAAGAGCGACAUCCUGGACUAUCUGAGCUACUCCGUGUACCAGAUGGGGGACCUGCCCCGAGCCAUCGAGCUCACCCGACGCCUGGUGUCCAUGGAUCCUGGCCACCAGAGGGCAGGCAGCAACCUGCGCUACUUUGAGAAGCUGCUGGCCAAGGAGCUGAGUGAGACGGCCGAGACGACUAAGGCGCCGGCCUCUGAGCAGCCCAUCCAGCUGGACACGUAUGAGCGUCCGCGUGACUACCUGCCCGAGAGAGAGAUCUAUGAGGGCCUGUGCAGGGGAGAGGGAGUUAAAAUGACGGAGAGGAAACGUAGCCGCCUGUUCUGCCGCUACCACGACGGGAACAGGAACCCCAGGCUGCUGUUCAAGCCCAUGCUGGAGGAGGAUGAGUGGGACAGCCCCCACAUCGUGCGGUACCUCAACGCGCUCUCCCACGAGGAGAUCGAGAAGAUCAAGGAAAUCGCCAAGCCCAGGCUGGCAAGGGCCACCGUGAGAGACCCCAAAACCGGCAUUCUGACCACGGCCAGUUACAGAGUAUCAAAAAGUGCUUGGCUAGAGGGAGAAGAGGACCCGGUCAUUGAACGUGUCAAUCAGAGAAUAGAGGACAUCACAGGCCUCACAGUGAAGACUGCAGAGUUGCUUCAGGUGGCUAACUAUGGCGUAGGAGGACAGUACGAACCUCACUUUGACUUCUCAAGACGCCCUUUUGACAGCAACCUCAAGAAAGAUGAGCCUGAUGCAUUCAAAACAUUAGGCACUGGAAAUCGUGUGGCUACAUUUUUAAAUUAUAUGACGGAUGUGGACGCGGGAGGCGCGACAGUGUUCCCUGACUUUGGUGCCGUCAUCUGGCCCCGGAAGGGAACGGCAGUGUUUUGGUAUAACCUGUUCCGAAGUGGUGAAGGAGACUAUCGAACCAGACAUGCGGCAUGCCCUGUAUUAGUGGGAAGCAAAUGGGUGUCAAACAAGUGGAUCCAUGAGAGGGGCCAGGAGUUCAGAAGACCAUGUGGCUUAUCAGAGGGCGACUGAGCUCAGAUGUUCACACACACACACACACACACACACACACACACACACAAUACAGACACACAUACACACAAGCACAAAUACACAUGCCGAUACACAGACUUUUCACCUUAAAUGCCUGUUAUAAAAUGCACCACUCCAGGCGCUUCUGGAUGUCGUCAGACCAGACCAGAGACAUCGUGGAGACAGACCCAUGGCAGCCCCAUACUAGGGUCACACCAAACCAACCCCAAACAUUAGCCAUAGAUUCUGCACCUGUGCAACAUGCAUUAUGCAAAUGUGUGUACAUCUAAAACAUAAACAAGAUGCUUGCUUACCUUUGCUUUUCACACUACUCUUGCUCUCCAUAGACAGUUUUGUAAUAUAGUUGCUACGUAACUUGGGUUAUUGAGGGCAUGUCUAAAAUGAACCUGCGAAUGGCACUGCUAUUUUCAGCCCCAGGCCGUUUGGCUAUGGAAGAAGGAAAGAGGCAGAGGCGAAAAGGGAGAAAUUUCAAUUAAGGUGAAACCACAUUAUCAGAUCUAGCCAUCCAGAACUAAAACGCUAACUACCAGGGUUAUAUAUCCAGAGAGGAAUGUCCGAUUAUAACACUACACUUCUUGACAACUGGUAGGCAAGCUGAACAGCCCAGCAGGUGCUCUUAAAACCCAACAUUUCUGGCGCAGGUAGAGCAUCCAGAAAUAUGCUGACAGACAUCCAGUGAUGCCCAACGUUUCAACUUGGUCCACAGAUGCAUAUGACUGUGGACACUGAAACUGUCUGGUGUCUGUUGGUUUGGUGUGUCCAGCCUUAAGGCCAGACAGUGACUGUGUUUACAUGCACUUCAGUAUCCCGGUUAUGGUCAGAUUGAAGUGUCCUGGGUUUUUGUUUGCGCGUAUAAACAUCAUAUUAUCCCGAUUUCAGAACCCCAGAUAAACCCAUGUCUCGGAUUUGAGAAAUUUGGCUGUGCUAGCUGGAGUACUACGGGAAAAAAACUGUUAUACUGCUCCCAGUAUCCCAGUUUCUCAUGCAAACUAGCGGGACUGUGCUAAUGGAAUUUUGUUGUUGGUUAAUAACCAGGUUUCUCUGUGUUCAUGUAAACAGCAUUAUCCUGAAUAUGAUAAAAAGAAAAAUGUGGAUGAACUGAAUGGGGAUGGGGAUACUGAAGUGCGUGUAAACUCAGUCACUAGUAGACUACGGUGAGGGCUUGGCUCCGCUGCAUUCCAGGUGUUGACCAAAAGAAGCUUGACUGCCAUCUGGGAACUGUGGCAUCAAGGAAUUCUUUUUCUAAAAUUGUUUUCAUUCAACUUUUUUUCUCUCUUAUUUUUCUAAAUCUUAACAAUUAUUCAAUCUUGUAAAUGAUUUUUACCAACAUGCUGCAUUCAUCAAACGAUGAAUCAACCCAUGUCAAGUGUUUUUAUUUAUACAUGCAUAAAUUAUUCUGCUGUUCAUUUGUGCUUUUGGUGAAAAGUAACAGUGCACACAAUAAACAGUCCUGACCUUGUU